AUGCCACGAGAGACAUCCCACGAGACACAUCAUAUAAGACACAUGCCACGAGACACAUCAUAUAAGACACAUGACACGAGACACAUCUCACGAGACACAUCACACGAGACACAUCAUAUAAGACACAUGCCACGAGACACAUCAUAUAAGACACAUGACACGAGACACAUCUCACGAGACACAUCCCACGAGACACAUCAUAUAAGACACAUGAUACGAGACACAUCCCACGAGACACAUGCCACGAGACACAUCCCACGAGACACUUCCCACGAGACACAUGCCACGAGACACAUGGUACGAGACACAUGCCACGAGACACUUGCCACGAGACACACGCCAAGAUUUACAUGCCACGAGACACAUGGCCACGAGACACAUCCCACGAGACACAUCCCACGAGACACAUCCCACGAGACACUUCCCACGAGACACAUGACACGAGACACAUCCCACGAGACACAUGCCACGAGACACAUCACACGAGACACAUCCCACGAGACACAUGACACGAGACACAUCCCACGAGACACAUGA